AUGAGAAGACAGAUCUCGUGGGACGAGAAGGGGAAAGGGAAGAUGGUGGACCAAGCACCACCGAGGAUCCGAGUGAAAGCGCCAAAUCUGGAUACAACAACCCUAGUCAAGAAGCACGAGCUCACGCUCAUCGGCAGAGUGACAAAUCCCCAAGAACAACAGAUGAGAAAAAUGUUUCCUUACUUGAUAAGGAAAUGGAAACUGAAGGGGAACGCAGUGGGGUCAGAUAUGGGACGCGACUGCUUCCAGUUCUAG